CCUCGAGCGGUGGAUAUUCCCCUUUUAUUUCAUUCAAAGUUAACUUUAAGUUGCUUGUUGGCGCAAACGACAGCAGCAGCAGCAGCGAGCGCGUAGCAGACGGCUCGGUGGUAUGAGAAAUUAAAAAGUGUCACCGUGAUGUUCUCAUACUAACGCGAAAAAGUUUGGCCCACCUGAUUGAACCGACUGAUAUUGUUGUGAGGAUUAGUACUCCCAAAUCGCAAGCCCGUAACUGAUUCGUGAUUUUUGCGGGGAGUGAAUUGAAGUUUGGGGUGAUGGUCUACGGUUUUAACUUGCCAGCAACGUGCAAUUUAUCAUUUGCAAAUUAUUCAUUGGGCGGUUCAGUUGGUACUGUUAUUUUCAGUUAGUCUGAUGGUCCCUUGCAUUUUUCAGUUCAUCUCAGAUCUUCAUGAAGUUUGGGUUCGGGGGGUCCAGUGAUACAUUGGCUGGAUGUUAGCAGGAUUAAAAUGCUGGUUAAGAACGAUGUUCUUUCUGAAUUUAGAAAUGUACGCAGCUACGAGCGCGUGGACCUGCUCUGUAGCUUGUUAGAUUUGUGUCUUCCGUACGAAUUACGGUUCCUGGGCACAUGCCUCGAGUUUCUCGGUAAACGUGAUUUCUACGAGCUGAGAGAGGACGAACGGGAUGCCAAUAAUGUAAACCAUCUCGCGUCAUAUCAGUCCCUCAUGGAUGAAAACACCCGAAGAAAGCUGGUCCUCUAUGCAUCUCUACUCAAGUCCUGCAACACCGAUGCUGCCAAUUGCCUCAGCGACACACUAACGGCCCUCUGCCCUGCAGCCGUUAGUCAGACCUGUCGAUCUGAACCAGAGAAUGCGGAAAAAGUCUUGGAUGAACUUUUAUUGUUGUAUACAAUUGCUGUGAAGCACCCAGCAUUCAAUGUGCACCAAAAGACAGAAUUUGCAGAGCACCUCUCUCGCCUCAAAGAGGAGGACCAAAAACUGUCGCUCAUUCUUCAUUCAAACAAAAAUGAAGUCAACAAAGCUGCAAGGCUGUCCAAGUCGCCAAAUUCCAUUCCUGAAACUCCUUGUAAACUCAAGGAGAACUCUACAAACUCGGUGGAAAUCCAAGAUAGUUCUAGUCAAAUAUCAGUCAUGUCUCAUCCUAAUCAACUAACUUGCCAUGUACUAUCGGGGUCGGUGUACACCAGUGCCGUGCUCCCCUCUCCACUUCAUCAGGCUACAUGUAUGAAUUCUGCUCAUGUUAUGGUCUCAUCAGUCUCUUCACCUGUGGGCCAGUCUCAUGCUGAAGGCCACUCACCAGAUCCUGCCUCGAGAUUAGGUAGUGAUGCUGGUCCUAUGACUUGGCCUGGCAUGGUGAUGCCUCUCACUCCAUCAACUAGUCACUGCAUGAUGUCAUCUUCGGGUGAAAUGGGUCUGCCUAACGGCCCUCUUGGUCGUCCCAGCAUGAUGCAGCCAAUGAUGUGUGUGCCUUCUGAAUCUAUUCCAGUGGGUUACCCUGGCCCUUCUCACUUUGGAAUGAUGGUCCCGAUUGUUGGACAUAUUCCAGGUCCUCCUGUAGGUCCCGCACCAGUCACUCAUGCACCUGUCAUCAAACCAGUUACUUCAACUGCUCAUCAUUUACAUUUGACCAGCUCCAUCUCCUCCCCUCAAGCGCUUCCCAUUGCAUGUUCCUCGUAUAGUAUUCCUAGUCCUGCAACAGUUGUGUCUACAUCUAGUGCCUUUGGAAACCAAGUUUCUAUUCCCAAAGAUAUUUGUAAUAAAGUUGAUGAAGAUGAAAGGAGGAGCAGCAGGCCAUCAUCUCCUCUCCCUGCAAGAGUUGAAACACCACCACCUUCAUCAAAGGUGCAGGUUUCUCACUCAAGUAGUGGUUCUCAUCCACUUGAUCAAGAGUCAGCUCAUAGUGCACCGAACCCAUUGCAGGUUCCAAUUCAAACUCCACAGUCCUUCCAAAUUUCUCCCAAUAUCUAUAUGGGUACAGAUGCUUUACCACCUGUACCUCAAGGGUCCAUUACUAAAGCAAGUUCAGCUGCUUCAAGUCAGUUGCAGCAAUUCCCUAGUCAAGUUGCAGCUACUGGCAGUCCCCAUGUACAUGUGACAGCUAAACCUCCGGGUCAGUGGUUUGCCCCAGGUGAUAACUUAAAAGAAGUAAUUGUUCGUGAAAUGCCAAAAUACAAGGCCAAUUUACAAGAUCUCUCUCCAGAUGAGCUUCUUCAUAUGGGUGACGAUCACCUUAAAGAAAUAGGCUUACCGUUAAGUGCCAUUCAGCAACUUAGAUCUAUCAUGAACAAACUUCACUCAACCAAUGGCAUAAAUUGUACUAACAGAAGUGAUGGGAUAUUCCAUAAUGAGAGCUCAGCUCCUAGAAGGAGGCACUAUUAUGGGUCAGAUAAUAAAGUAGUUUUACCUAAUAGUCAGGGCCCUCCACCUGGCACUGUAAGUUAUGGGUAUGUGGUGCCAUCAUACCCUGUUAGUAAUGGUGGAGCAUUUCAUAAAGGCAACAAGCGGAAUCAACACCUUCAGUUGACAAAUCAAGUACGAGCUCUUCAGCUGGAGGAUGACAGUCGCAGGCCAUGCUCCAACAGCAGCAGCACCUCUGACUGUUCCAGUGGAAGUCACUCUCCUCCAGAAACACCAUCACUCCCACUCAUUUCAGAAGUUCCAAAUUUUGACAGAGGUUACUCUGGAAAGGAUUCUGGAGCUGAAUCAUGGAACUCCACAGCCAGUGAAGAUAAAAUGAGGGAAGAUAGGUUACAUGAAAGAGAGCAUAUAAUGGAAGAUAGAUCACAAGGUUCAAACUUUCAGCCUCCUGGAAUACAACGUAACUCUGUUAACAGGAGUCGAGGCCUGAACCUUAGUAAAGCACCGCCAGGUAUUCCAACAAUACCUCGUGGUCGGGGCCACCCUUUGGUAGAUAAAAGUCGCCGCGAUCCUGUCAGUCCAAUGAAUGGUGUUCCAUCAGACAUGAACAACCCACCGCCUUAUGCCAUGUCAGCUGCUUCAGGCAUACCUAGUAAUGUCCCAUAUCAUGCCCCGCCAGUAUCGACAUACCUUCCACACUCCCCUUUUACCACAAUGCAUGCUUUUCAUAGAUUUCAAUCUGGAAGCUUUCUCCCUGCAGGUGCCACCUACCCGUUUCCUCCUAAUGGAGAGAUGUGGGGCCCCUUCCCUCAGCCGCCCCAACCAACCCCCCAAUACUUAACAACCCCAAUAGUUGCUUUCUCCCCUGCACAUCCUCCCCCCAAACUGUCAUGCUACAACUGUGGACGGCAGGGACACCAGGGCUCUGAUUGCAAAGAUUCAACUUUUGAAGAAAUUACUCAACAAGGUCAGUAUCAUUUAGACUACAAGCCUGGGGACUGUCGAGAGACUGAAAAAUGACCUCAAAUGUACACUUAAGAGGGCUUAAAGCCCAACGAUCACUGCCGUUCCUUUAGUCAAACCCAAAGCUCCCAACUGGUUGCUCCGUCCAGGUCAUUAAGGAUGGCAGCAAGUACAGGGCCAGUGAAUACAAGAACUCCUUCGCUCAUAAUUUUUUUAUUUUCAUGGUUUCAUUCAUUUUUCAUGAUUAAAAUGUGACCUAAUUUAAACCAUCAAUUAUCACUGUUUCGCAAAGAGUAAUGGUUUUAGAUAUAUCAAAUUCGUUUGACUCAGUGGAUUUAACAUAUUUUAAUUUGUACAUGUGAAUAUCACAUAACUUUUACUGUUCAGUAUAAAUGAAAUUAUAUUUAUUGAGAUACUGAAUAAUGAAAUAUUUUCAUUAUGUUGAGAAUUUAUAGUUUGAUGCCAUUUUUUUUUAAUUCUAUGAAUCUAGCCAUGCUGGUCCUGCGCUGGCAUCUUACAAGUUGUUGUUACUGUUACCUUUAUUGCAAUAGAUUGACACAGCCAUGACUAGAAGGUUUCUGUGUGUCUGGUCUGUAGCAUUAGAUAAUUUAAGUAUGUUGUACAUCUGUAUGUUUGUGUAUCUGACUAAAAGGAUGCCUGAACUGUUGUAUAUGUAAGUUUCAAUAUAUGUUUGUGUUAUCUUAAAACCCCCCAAAAAACUUAAUCUUUUAUCAGCCAGCCUCAUGUUAUGGUCCAGUUUGGUCAAGUCUUAAAUGUCAUUCUGCAUUUGGCGUGUAAUAAUCAUUCAGUACAGAACACGCCAUCUCGCAAAUAACGAGGUCUUCCAGUACUGGGUUAAUGAGACCACAUUUUCUGAAUGGGUGAAUUAAAAAUAUAUCUAGGUGUUUGCUUUGCCUUGCAGAGGGGUCUCAAAAUCUAUGAUACUCAGUUAAGUGCAAGGGCUAUAAUGGAGCUUGUUGAUUCUAAUUUGAGGUGAUUCAUUUGAGUCUUCUUGAAUACCACGGAAAAUAUUGUUGCUAUUGCAAUAUUUAUAUCAACUAUUGUGAUUCAUUAAGACUUGCAUAUGAUGUAUGCACGUCGGUAGCCUCUGCUUGUCUGUGUUAAACUGUCUUGAUCAAUAUAUUUACAUUUUAUAGAAUCCAAGAGCUAAGUCAAAAUGCCCUUUUAUCUCAUCAAACAUGCAUUGAUGACGUUUGGCAGAAUUAAAUUAAGUGGUACUUGUCAUGGAUAAAAUCAUCUUCCAUCACACUGUGAUUCAGAAUCUAAGGUUUAAAGCUUUGUUUUGUUACUCAAAGCUAGUUUGAAGUAAAAAAAAAAAAAAUAUUUUAAAACUUUUUUCUAUUUAGAAAGAAAGUUAUGUUGACAUAUGGAUCUAUGGAAAAUUUGUUGCGUAUACCCCAAGUGAUUAAUUUUAAUUUGUCAACAUUGGUUAAAAUUACAGCUAAAUUGAUACUGUGGUAUUAACUUUGAACAGCCAGCAAUUUUUGAAUUAAAAUUAUAAAAAUCAUGUA